GCGCGGCUCGGGAGAGCGCUCCUCCGCCCCGCGCGCGGUCCCUGCGCCCCGCUCCGCCCGCGCCUUGCUGCCCGCGCCGCUCCUCGGGCGUCCAAAGCGCGUCGCCCUUGGCAGCCCAGCCUCAGUCUUCCUCCUCCUCCGCCUCCUCUCUCUCCUCCUCCUCCUCCUCCACUGCCGCUGCCGGACACGCAGCCGCAGGCCGGGGCCGGGACGCAGCUGGGGAGUCAGGGACGCGCGCAGCCAGCCCUUCCCCCUCCGGCUCCCGCACCGCCGGCCGCCUCCCCUAGCCCUCCUCCUUUCCCCUCCCUGCUCCUUCGCUUCUUCCUCCUCCUCCUCUACCGGCCCCGGCUGCCAGCAUCAUGUCUGCAGGGGGAGAUUUUGGGAACCCACUGAGAAAAUUCAAGUUAGUGUUCCUGGGGGAGCAGAGCGUCGGAAAGACGUCUCUGAUCACGAGGUUCAUGUAUGACAGCUUCGACAACACAUACCAGGCAACCAUCGGGAUCGACUUCUUGUCAAAAACCAUGUACUUGGAGGACCGCACGGUGCGACUGCAGCUCUGGGACACAGCYGGCCAGGAGCGGUUCCGCAGCCUGAUCCCCAGCUACAUCCGGGACUCCACUGUGGCCGUGGUGGUGUACGACAUCACAAACCUCAACUCCUUCCAACAGACCUCUAAGUGGAUCGAUGACGUCAGGACAGAGAGGGGCAGUGACGUGAUCAUCAUGCUGGUGGGCAACAAGACGGACCUGGCUGACAAGAGGCAGAUAACCAUUGAGGAAGGGGAGCAGCGCGCCAAAGAACUGAGUGUCAUGUUCAUCGAGACCAGUGCAAAGACUGGCUACAACGUGAAGCAGCUCUUCCGGCGUGUGGCGUCGGCUCUGCCCGGCAUGGAGAAUGUCCAGGAGAAGAGCAAAGAGGGGAUGAUCGACAUCAAGCUGGACAAACCCCAGGAGCCCCCGGCCAGCGAGGGCGGCUGUUCCUGCUAAUGCGGAGCCUGACCUCGGCUUCCUCCGACACUACUCGCUUGUUGUGUUGCUUCCUAUUGGUUAGCUUCCUAUGGGGUGGGGAAUGAGUUCAUCAAGAUGGGAGGACUUUUCUUUUCUCUCUGUCUCUAGGAGUAGGGUGGGAUGGGGAGGGAGGCUGGGCAUCAGGGAUCACAUCACUCUUAACAGCUGUUACUCAAACGACUAUUUUUUGGUUUGGUUGUAAUAUAUUGUACUUUAUUAAGAUUGCCAAAAACUGUUAAAAUUAAAAAAAAAAUUUAAAUCAUGUGUAUACAACUUUUUGCCAGAUAAAAAUGUAGUCAUUUUUAUUUGAAAGAUGUGCUUUUUGUUUUUGUAUAUUUGUAAACUUACAGAAAACCUUUUCCACACACCUCCUCCUUCCUGUUCUCUUUGAACUGUCCAACACCUCUGCCUUCCUCCCCUCUCCAGCCCAGUAAAUUAAAACGAUUAACUGAGUAACUAAUUAGGCUCCAGUCCCGGGCCAUUCAGCCCAGACCAACCAGGCCCCACAUGGUUAAAUCAAACAUUGGUUGAACCAAACAGCCUCCAAAGAGGCUUGGGCCUUCUGUGGGCAGCGAGGGGCAUGAGCAGGGCCCUGAGCUGAAAAGAAAGGCUGUAGACCAUAGGGAGGCCAGGCAGCACCCCCCAGGAACUGCUUCUGCCUCCCCUUUUCCUACCCUCAAAAGCCUCAAGGGGGCAAAGGGCACAGGCAACCUGUGUGUUCUGUGCCCACUCAGUGACCAGUAAAGCAAGAGGCCUUCGGAAGGAYGGGGUGCUGUUGGCAACUGUGGGCUGAGAUGGUGUGGUUUAUAGACCGGGGCACUCUGUAUAGUUCUGGAAUGUUCUAACCAGCCUGUCAACCAGCACGCAAAGCUGGGUUGACUUAGAAACUCAGUGUGUGACUCCAGGUGGCGUACCACCCUGGAGCCCUCCUCCCAACAGUCAGGGAGGCUGAUAGGGCCUGUACCGAAUGCCGAUGGUCCAUCUGUGAUUGGGUGAGGAAGGCAAUUGGUAGAACCACCUUGAGAGAGACRUGUUCUCAGACCCUCAGUUGCUAAUACAGCUGAGUGUUGUUCUUAAAAAAAAAAAAAAAA